CUCACUAGUUUCCUGGCGGUUAUGAUUGUCAAAUCGUACAUCAAAUUUUCCGCUUAUUUUACCUUUUUGUCAUAUAUUUACAUGUCAAUAUAAUUUUUUAUCAUCGUGAAGAGUAUUGACAAAUUUGGAUAUUAUACCAUAAUUUUCAUUCAAUAGAAAAGAUCCAAAAUCGUUUCACAACUUUAUUAUGCUAGUAGAUUAAUAAUCAUUAUUACCUGUUAGUCCUAUUUUCAUCCAUAAAUAUUUCAUUGGUGAACCAAUCAUCAAAACUAAUUGCCUGUUUGGAUAAUUUCAUUCUGUUGCAUGGACAAAUCCAUGGGCAUAUUGCAUUUAUUUACUCUUCUAUAACUUGGCAACUUUUAUAUUUUUAUUAUAACAUAUAGCAAGUUUUUCUAUAGAAUUGCUAUAUGUAUAACUCCUAUGCAGUUUGGUGAAUUAUUCUAGUCAAAUACAAAAAUCAAGGAUUAUAUAGAAUUCUAAAAAAAUAUAUAAGUAUGGAGUGGUUGUUUGGAAAACGUAUAACUCCUGAAGAAAUGCUCAGGAAAAAUCAACGAGCAUUAAAUAAAGCAAUGCGUGAUCUUGACAGAGAAAGAAUGAGAAUGGAACAGCAAGAAAAGAAAAUUAUAGUAGAUAUAAAAAAACUUGCAAAAGAUGGACAGAUGGAUGCUGUCAAAAUCAUGGCCAAGGAUCUUGUUAGGACUAGACGAUAUGUAAAGAAGUUUAUGUUAAUGAAAGCAAAUAUACAGGCAGUUUCUUUAAAAAUUCAGACAUUACGUUCUCAAAACACUAUGGCUCAAGCAAUGAAAGGUGUUACGAAAGCAAUGCAGAAUAUGAAUAAACAAUUAAAUUUACCUCAAAUACAAAAAAUUUUACAAGAAUUUGAAAAGCAAUCUGAAAUAAUGGACAUGAAGGAAGAAAUAAUGAAUGAUGCUAUAGACGAUGCAAUGGAAGAUGAAGGAGAUGAGGAAGAAAGCGAUGCUGUUGUAUCCCAAGUGCUAGAUGAAUUGGGUUUACAAUUAACAGAUCAAUUGUCUGGCCUUCCUCAAGCUUCUGGUUCUUUAAGUAUAGCAGGAUCAAAAAAACCAGUUGCAGCUACUGCAGGAAAUGACGACGGAGGAAAUCUUGCAGAUGCUGAUGCUGAUCUACAAGCAAGACUUGAAAAUCUUCGUCGUGAAUAAAAAGGGAAAGAUAAUUAAUAUUUAUAUAUAAAAUUAUUUUAAGAUUCACAAAAUUAUUUUUAAAUAUUACAAUAGAAUAUAUUUGAUGCUUGUUCAAGUUAUGCUUAUGUAUAUUUCAAGUUUAUAUUUGUUUAGAAAGAUUACACUUUUUCAAAAGCUCUUUAGUAAUUUGAUAUAUUUUACAUAAAAACAAUGUUAUUUCUAUAUGAUUAUCUGUAGAAACACUGUGGCCUCAAGACCAAAAAGUAAUGUUUAAUAUAUAAUAAAAGAUACACUAUCUUAAAUGAUUCUAAUAAAAUUAAUAAAAUUGCUUGGGAGGGGGAGGAGUUAAAAAUAGAAAAUUUCUUUUAUAAUAAUAAGAUUUAUUUCUUUAUAAUAAGAGAUAUAAUAAUAUCUAUUAAAUGAGAAAAAUGAAUCUUCUAAAUAAAUAUUAUUAUUCGUGCAAAUGAAACUUAAUGAUAGAAAUUAUGAUAAAAUUCAAAAUGUGUUAUAUAUGGAACAAAUACUUUUUUGUAUUUCAUAUUCUUGCACAAACUAUUAUUUUUAGUAAUAAGAAUUAAGAAAGUAUUUUUUGAGAAACUUUUGAGAAAAAUGUUUAUUAAUUAUUUUUUACUUACCAUUCUAAAUCAAAUACCUUUUGUAAGAAACAUUUUUAUUUAUUAUUCAUUCAUUAAUUUAAGACCCAUAUUAACACAAAUAUUGGGAACUUCUAUAAAUAUGUAAUAUCCAAUGAAAAAUAUUUUCUAAUAACCGUUCAUAUCUUUUACAAUUGUUCUUAAAUAUAUUGUGCAAUAAAUCUAAAAGAUUUAAUUCAAAAACGUUAAAUAAAUUGACUAAAAUAUUAUCGACGUCAUAACGUUUAUUAUAGAGAAAAUGCUACACUGCGUUUCUUUGGAAUAAUGUAAGAAAGUGCAUAAUAUUGAACAGCAUAAAAGUGAUGAUCCGUUACUAGAUUACAAUUGUACAGUUCGUGUGUAAAAAAAAUUAUACAUACUUUUUACAUUUUUCGUAUAUCUUACCUCGGAGGUACGAAUAAAGCAAGUUAUGGGCAACAAUAUACGUACAACGAACUACAAUAUCGUAUUUUUUAAACGAGUAAAGAUUCGCACUUUAUCCAAUUACUUUCAUAAGACAAAAUUUGUUUACAUCAAAAUAAUAUAGUAGUAAUCGAUGCAUAAUCAUAAACAUAAAUUAUAUGAAAGAAAUAUUGAUGACAAAUCUAAAACACGAUGAACAGCAUUAUAAAUAUCAAAUGGUAGGGCUUAUGUCGUCCAAACAUAAAUAUAUGUUAAGAUAAUUCUUAGAAUAAAAAAAAAAAAAACAUGUACGGUGUAUUUUAUAAACCUACUCUGCCAAGUUAACCUGGAAGUAAUACCUAUAUAUAAUUUUUCCUACUUAAUGUAAUAUAAUAUAAGGUGAGAUAGAAGCAAAACAAACAGUUAAUUGAGAAUAUACAAAUAACGUAAUUGUUAAAACUGACAUGAAAAAAAUACCAUUAUUUAUUGCUAAUAUAAUUUAAUCCUCAGAUGGUAUUGUGUUUCUAUUUGUUAUAGAUACUGUAUUGUCUAAGUGUAGUAAUAUAGAACAACAAAAUUAAAUGAUACACCACAGAUAUCUCAUAUUUGCUAAGAAUCCUUACUGCAUUAUGAAUUAAUAAGAUAUAGUAAAUUCAUUUGUUUCAUUACUAUAUUUUCUAUACAUUUGAAGUUACUAUCAUUCAUCAGACCUUAUAUCAAUUAUAAACAGAGAUUACACAAUAUCAACUAAGGAUUAUUAUUUUAUCAUUAGGAAAAUAUUGUGUUUAUAAGAAAGAAAUUGUUUUUUAUAUAUUUGCAAUAAAAGUGAUGGUUCACCUAUGCCCUAUUAUAAUCAUCAUUAAUACAGAUACUCAACUCAUUAGACAGUACUGAUUUUACGAUAUUACCAAACAGGAUACAUCCAAUAUAUUAACUCAAUAUCUUCCAGGUUAACCAAGGAAUAUCAACUACUAUUUAUACUUCCAAAAUGUUAUAAUUCUUCACUACAUCUCUCAUACUUCAAGAACAUGCUCACAUUAAUCAUUCAGCCUGCCUAUAUAGACAAAGCUCAAGCACUUCAUUCAUAUUUUAUACUACUUAUUCUAAUACUUAUAUUUGUUUGUGAAACAAUGUGACAAUAAGCAUUAUUUACAAAAUAACAUCACACGACUCUUCUUGAUAUAAGCUAUUUGAUGACAGUUGACAAUAAUCAAUUCUGCCUUCCUAUUGAGAGUAUGGUGAUAUUGU